CCAAUUGAAAAAAAGGGCUGCGGGCUUCUUCUAUAUAUUCCGUUUUCGCACGCAGCCUACUUCCCGGUGAGCUGCGGCAUUUUGUAGGAUUCGUUCGCUGACCAGCUACUAAUACAAAUAGAUUUAUUUUGCCAUCAUGUCCAAUCCCAAAGUUUUUUUUGACAUCACCAUCGAUGGGAAGAGUGCUGGGAGGAUUGUAAUGGAGCUGAGAGCUGAUGUUGUACCCAAGACUGCUGAGAACUUCCGUGCUUUGUGCACUGGUGAGAAGGGUUUUGGCUACAAGGGCUCUGGCUUUCAUCGUGUCAUCCCCAAAUUCAUGUGCCAGGGUGGCGACUUCACCAACCAUAACGGAACUGGUGGAAAGUCCAUCUACGGCAACAAGUUUGCGGAUGAGAACUUCACCCUGAAGCAUGGAGGGAAGGGAACCCUGUCUAUGGCCAAUGCCGGACCGAACACCAACGGCUCCCAGUUCUUCAUCUGCACUGCUGAUACUGCUUGGCUCGAUGGCAAACACGUCGUGUUCGGGAAAGUGGUCGAAGGAAUGGACGUAGUGGAUACCAUGGAGUCUAAAGGAAGCAGCAGCGGGAAAUGCUCGGCCAAGAUCUUGAUUGCUGAUUGUGGCCAACUUUAAUUGUUUCUUACUCCCCUAGCAUUCCAACCAUGCACAUUUCUUUCAUUCUAUUUUUUUUUUUAUUGCCAUUCCUUAAUGAAAUGCUUAUUCCAUGUGUCAUGGUCGUGUUUUAUGUAAUCUGAUGGUUCCCAGGACACAAUCUGUUAAACAUGGAUUAAAGAUGGAUCAAGAUUCCCUUCAA